AUGUCUCGUCCGAUUAGAUCCAACUCAACAAUAGUUAGGACUCAAAAUAAUACAAAUCAAAUAAAUAAAGCUUUAAAUGCAAUACAACAUAAACGAACAGAUUCAAAUCAAGAUCGAACUACUUUCACAACUGAUGAUGGUGAAACUUAUUCAACAAUUGAUAGAGCAGUCACAUCAGUAAAUGCUCCAGCAACAUUUAAACCAUUUAAUGAACAAGUGUUUUUGAAAAAUGGAUUACCAAAUUGUGAUUUUAUUAAAGAACAUUUUAUAAAAGAGGGGAGACUACAAGAAGAUCAAGCAAUUAAAAUAAUAAAACAAGCUACUCAAUUAUUAACAUCAGAACCGAAUUUAUUAUCAGUUCCUGCUCCAGUUACCAUAUGUGGUGAUGUUCAUGGACAAUAUUAUGAUUUAAUGAAAUUAUUUGAAGUUGGUGGAGAUCCAAAAUCAACUAAAUAUUUAUUUUUAGGAGAUUAUGUUGAUAGAGGUUCAUUUUCAAUAGAAUGUUUAAUUUAUUUAUAUUCUUUAAAAAUAUCAUAUCCAAAUUCAUUUUGGAUGCUUAGAGGAAAUCACGAAAGUCGUCAUUUAACCGAAUAUUUUACAUUUAAAAAUGAAUGUUUACAUAAAUAUUCUCAAAAAUUAUAUGAUGAAUGUUUAACAAGUUUUAAUGCAUUACCAUUAGCUGCUAUAAUGAAUGAUCAAUUUUUUUGUGUUCAUGGUGGAAUAAGUCCUCAAUUACAAGAUUUGGAUAGUAUACGAAAAUUAAAUAGAUUUAGAGAACCACCAACAAAGGGACUAAUGUGUGAUCUUUUAUGGGCAGAUCCAAUAGAAGAAUAUGAUGAAGAUAAUAUAGAUACAGAAUAUUUAAAUAAUGCAGUAAGAGGUUGUUCAUAUGCUUUUACAUAUAAAGCUACUUGUAAAUUUCUAGAUAGAACUAAAUUAUUAUCAGUAAUUAGAGCACAUGAAGCUCAAAAUGCAGGUUAUAGGAUGUAUAAAAGAACUAAAACAAUGGGAUUUCCAAGUUUAUUAACAAUGUUUAGCGCUCCAAAUUAUUUAGAUAGUUAUAAUAAUAAAGCAGCAGUUUUAAAAUAUGAAAAUAAUGUUAUGAAUAUUAGACAAUUUAAUGCAUCACCGCAUCCAUAUUGGUUACCACAUUUUAUGGAUGUAUUUACAUGGUCAUUACCAUUUGUUGGUGAGAAAGUUACUGAUAUGUUAGUUAGUAUAUUAAAUGUUUGUACAGAAGAAGAAUUAGAUGAAGAAAUUCCAUAUACUGAAUCACAAAUAGGUGUUAGUGCUGCUUCUCCACAAGCUAUACCUCCAACACCUGAAUCAACAGAAUUAAGUUUAGAUGAGAAAAAAUUAGCAUUAAGAAAUAAAAUUAUUGCAAUUGGUAAAAUGUCAAAAAUGUUUCAAGUAUUAAGAGAAGAACAAGAAUCUGUUGCUCAUUUAAAAGAAUUAAAUAGAGGUCAAUUACCAAAAGGUUCUUUAUUACAUGGAAGAGAUAGUCUUCAUGAUAAAAUUUUAUCAUUUGAAGAUGCUAAAGCUGCUGAUCGAUUAAAUGAAGCAUUACCACCAACUUAUGAAGAAUUGAAAAAAGCAGAGGAACAAAGAAAUCAAAGGUUGAAAAAUAAAAUUGGAUUUUCAGACAAUAGAUUUAUAUAG